UUCAACGGAGUGCGCUCUACUUCCUUGUUUCCGUGUUGGAAAGCGAUUGAAAACCACUGUGCUUUUUGAUAUUUUUGGAGAUGUUUUUUGUUUUCUGUCGGUGAAGUUUGUGAUUUUUACACCGAAGAAGAAGUUCCAUACUACCCAUGUGUUAACCAGUAUUGGCUAGUCUUCCCAAAGUGAUUGAUCGUCAACUUUCAACAUGGGUUGCAGGCACAGUACAGAGGAUGGGAGUAGCUACCAACCUAGUACCAAGAAUGGAACCAGCUCAACAGGUCAAGAGGUGAACAUAGGUACACCAAGCCAUCACAUGGGUGGGGUGUCCAACUUUAAUCAGCCCAAAACAAACAUGUUUAUUCCAAAACCAAAUCAACCAGAACCAACAAAACCAGUACUAAAAUACACUGCUCUAUAUGAUUAUGAGGCAAGGACGGAAGACGAUUUGAGCUUUCUCAAGGGUGAAACGCUGGAGAUCACAAACAACCAUGACGGGGACUGGUGGCUGGCCAGAUCAUCUAAGAGCGGCAAAGAAGGUUACAUUCCUAGUAACUAUAUUGCUCCAGUCAAGAGCAUCAACGCAGAAGAAUGGUACUUUGGACGUAUCGGCCGUAGAGAUGCUGAGAAGAAACUUUUGACUCCUGGAGUCCAGAGAGGGAUGUUCAUCGUUCGAGAUGGUGAAGCUAAUCCAGGCACAUUUUCUCUGUCGGUGCGUGACUACGACGCUGUGAAAGGUGACCAUGUGAAGCAUUACAAGAUCCGCAAGCUGGAUAACGAUGCUGGAUUCUACAUUGCUAUGCGCAGCCCCUUUCCAGCUCUAGCAGAACUUGUCAAGCAUUACCAACAGUCUUCUGAUGGUCUUUGUAUAAAGCUGUCUGCCCCUUGCCCCAAGGAGAAUCCAAACACCGUGGGUCUGGGUAGAGACGCAUGGGAGAUUCCAAGAACUUCUCUUACACUGGAAGACAGACUGGGAGCAGGACAGUUUGGAGAAGUCUGGAGAGGUAUGUGGAAUGGUAAGACGCCGGUUGCCAUUAAGACUCUUAAGAAGGGUACGAUGACUCCAACAGCCUUCCUUGCCGAGGCUAACAUCAUGAAACAACUUCGGCAUGACAAGCUUUGUCAGCUGUAUGCUGUGUGCUCCGAUAUGGAGCCCAUUUAUAUCGUUGCUGAGCUGAUGUGCAAUGGAAGUCUUUUGGACUUUCUUAAAGAUGGGGAAGGGCGGAACCUUAAGCUCCCUGAGCUAGUCGACAUGGGCAGUCAGAUUGCAUCAGGUAUGGCCUUCUUGGAGGCAUCAAACUACGUCCAUCGUGAUUUGGCUGCAAGGAAUGUUCUCGUCGGUGAGGGAAACAUCGUGAAGGUGGCUGACUUUGGUCUGGCAAGGAUGAUUGAAGAUACAGAGUAUACAGCUAGGCAAGGAGCCAAGUUCCCAAUCAAGUGGACUGCCCCAGAGGCAGCCAUGUAUGGCCGAUUCACCAUCAAGUCUGACGUGUGGUCAUUUGGUAUCAUGAUGACUGAACUGGUUACCCACGGUCGCAUCCCAUAUCCCGGUAUGAUGAACAUGGAAGUCCUGGAACAAGUUGAACACGGCUAUCGCAUGCCCAAGAUGUCCAAGUGCCCAGAUAGCUUGUACGAACUCAUGACGAAAUGCUGGGACAAAGACCCCGCAUCCCGACCAACCUUUGAGUUCCUACAUUCCUACUUGGACGACUUCUUUGUGGCCACGGAGCCCAACUACAAGGAGCCAGAGUAAGGUUUGCAGAUGAAGAGGCGCGUUGGGGUUGGGACGUUGAUGAGAAGGUAAUGGUGAGACUGAAGAGGUGCGUUGGGGUUGGGGCGUUGAUGAGAAGGGAACAAAGUGAGACUGAAGAGGUGCGUUGGGGUUGGGGCGUUGAUGAGAAGGUAACAAGGUGAGACUGAAGAGGUGCGUUGGGGUUGGGACGUUGAUGAGAAGGCAACAAAGUGACACAAGGGGUGCGUUGGGGUUGGGGCGUUGAUGAGAAGGUAACAAGGUGAGACUGAAAAGGCGCGUUGGGGUUGGGGCGUUGAUGAGAAGGUAACAAGGUGUGACUAAAGAGGCGCGUUGGGGUUGGGGCGUUGGGGUGGUGGUGAGAAGAGAACAAGGUGAGACUGAGGCACUGGGCCCAAUUUAAUAGAGUUGCUUUAGCAGAGAAUAAUGCUUAACACUUUCCUGCUAAGCACAAGUAAGCAGGAUACCAGUUUACAUUUUGGCAAGUAAAAUGGUAUUUAAGCUGGUAACCUUAUCCUGGUAAGCAUAAUUUUGUUGUGCUGAGCAACUUAUUAUGCUUGAACAGGGCACUUAUGCUUAGUGAAGAUGUUAUCAAAUAAUAAACCAUAAGGGAUACUGACUGGGUUAACUUGAAAUGAUUUGGAGUUGAACAAUUGACUAGAAUUCACUCGAGCAGGAUUUGAAACACAACCUUUGGACUAACGUUCCGGUGCUCUACCAACUGAGCUAUCUAGCCCUAUGUAGGAGGUCUUCCUACUUAGUCAAUAUCUUUGUUUAGGGGGGCCAGAGUCGGAAGUCACAAUUAUGUUUACUUAUUAUUAUAUGUAAGUUUGUCCCCCUGUGUUAAAUAAUAUGUCUCACUGUGAUAAUUGUUUG